AUGGGGACAGGAGCCGGCCGCGUCUUCCUCCUCGCCUUGGUGCUGCUCUUCGCUCUGCAGACGACGCCGGCGUCGGCUGACAAGAAGGCAAUGCAUGAUGCCAUGAUGCUUCCUUUGUUAUCUCCUUUUUGCCUCCUCCCGUGUGUGAUCUUCUUCAGUGCUUUCCCGGCCUCCCUUAAUGCGCUGCUCGCUACAAUCACCGAUGACUUCACGAUCCUGCCGUACGACCUGCGGGCCAUCAGUGGGGUCGCGCUGCAGAUCGACGAGAGCUUCGUGCCGCUCCUCCGACAGCUCCCCGGCGUGAUAGCCGUGAUCCCGGACACCCUGUACAAGCCCCACACCACGCACUCGUGGGACUUCCUCGGGCUCGCCGGCAACGGCGGCGAGAUAACCCCCGCGUGGUCGUCUGCGAAGCUGGGCGUGGGCACCAUCAUCGGGGUCAUCGACACAGGCGUAUGGCCGGAAUCACAAAGCUUCCAAAACGAUACCAUGCCGGACGUCCCAUUGGGCCGUUGGCGCGGCACCUGCGAGAAAGGCAACGACCCGACCUUCCAGUGCAACAGGAAGCUGAUCGGCGCGAGGUUCUUCAGCGAGGGCAUCCAGGCGUCGGGCGCCCUGGGCGACGGAGGAGGCCAGCAGCAGCCGAGCCAGGCGGACCUGUCGUCGCCGCGGGACUACGUGGGGCACGGCACGCACACGAUGUCCACCGCGGGCGGCUCCUUCGUCCGGGGCGCCAGCGUGUUCGGCCACGGCAAGGGCACGGCCGCGGGCGGCUCGCCGGGCGCGCGCGUGGCCGCGUACAAGGCGUGCUACGAGCCGGGGUGCUCCAGCAUCGACAUCCUGGCGGCCAUCGUCGCGGCGGUGGCGGACGGCGUGCACGUCCUCUCCCUCUCCCUCGGCGCGCCGCCUGGCGACUACCUCACGGACCUGACCGCGAUCGGCGCGUUCUUCGCCGUCCAGAGCGGGGUCACCGUCGUCUGCUCCGCCGGCAACUCCGGCCCGCAGCCGAGCACGGCUACCAACCUUGCCCCCUGGAUCUUCACGGUCGGCGCAAGCACCAUGGACAGGGAUUUCCCAGCAUAUGUCAGCUUCAAUGGCGCCACCAUCCAGGGACAAAGUCUCGCAGACAGCACUCUGCCCAUUGGUCAGCCGUAUCAGAUUAUCAGCGGGGAGAAGGCCAACGCCGUGAACCAACCAACCGGCAACUGGUCGCUGUGCUUGCCCGGCUCUCUGGACCCUGACAAGGUGAAGGGCAAGAUUGUGGUCUGCGUCAGAGGGGUGAACGCCAGAGUGGAGAAGGGCAAUCCGUUGGGCUACAUCAACGCAACAGACGAGAGUUUUGGCGUAAAACCUGCGCCGAAGAUUGCAGCGUUCUCGUCCCGGGGGCCAAACGCCAUAACUCCUCAGAUCCUCAAGCCCGACAUCACAGCACCAGGUGUCAACGUAAUCGCCGCGUACAGCGGCGCGGUCUCACCAACGGAGCUCCCGUUCGAUGACCGGCGUGUCGCCUACAACAUAAUGUCCGGCACCUCCAUGUCGUGCCCCCACGUCUCCGGCAUCGUCGGCCUCCUCAAGACAAAGUACCCCUCUUGGAGCCCCGCCAUGAUCAAGUCGGCAAUCAUGACCACCGGCACUGACCCCGGGCUGGUGUACGACACCACGCUGGUCGACUACACCAACUUCCUCUGCUCACUGAAGCCCACGCAGACGACGCAAGACCCGAUCCCGAGCCUCCCGGUCGACCUCCCUAUGAUGGGCAGCCUCUCCCCACCCGUCACCAGCCUCCUGCUCCCACUGUUCAACGCCGCCGGCGAGCCGUGCAAGUGCAGCCAGGGCCCCUACGGCCGCCCCGAGGACUUGAACUACCCGUCCAUCGCCGUGCCGUGCCUGUCCGGCAGCGGCGCCACGGUGAAGCGCCGCCUGAAGAACGUCGGCGGCGCGCCCAGCAAGUACAAGGUUACGGUCACGGAGCCCGCGGGGGUCAAGGUCACGGUAGCGCCGAGCGAACUGGACUUCGUCUGGGUCGGAGAGGAGAAGGAGUUCACGGUGAAGCUGGACAUGGACGUCAACGCCCCGGCGGCGGCUAAUGACUACGUGUUCGGUAGUAUUGUGUGGUCCGACGCGGACGGUUUGGUUCAUGUUCAUGUCAUUCGUGCAAUGUAUGGUGGUUCAAAUGAUUGA